CAUUAGCGAUAGUUCUUGCACGCAUUAAACAAUUUCACGUGUUGCACGUUUUUAAAUACUUUCCAAAGAUUUUGUUUACAAAACAGUUAAAAUGAGUGCAACUGCAGUAGAGAAACAGCCAGAGCCAAACGAAGCCGUUCCUGAAAAUAAAGAAGCAGAGGAGCAACAAGUGGAAACAGCUGCAGAUGGAGUAGAGCCAAAAGCCGGCAAUGAAUUCGAUUAUUUGGAGCGAAGUGAAUUUACUUCGGAAAUCUAUAAAAUAGAAGUGAAGAAUAUGGGAUAUUUUGGCAUUGGGGAGCUCAAAAAGCUGUUGAAGAACACGCUGAAGCUGGACAUGACCAAAAUAAAGUCACCCAACCGCAAGGAAUUUGCCUUCGUUUGCUUUCGCAGUCAGGCGGAUCAGCAGCGGGCACUGGAAACGCUUAACGGGUACAAAUGGAAGGGCAAGAUAUUGAAAGCGGUGGCAGCUAAAGCAUCCGCCGAUCCGCUGCAGAAACGGCGUGGGGAAGCGAACGACAGCGAUGUCAAACCGAAGCGACAGCGCACUGCCGUGGAGGCCACCUGUCCGUUGGCUGAGAUGCCCUACGAGCAGCAGCUGGAGCAAAAGACAGAGGAUAUGUCUGCUCUGCUGAAGAAAUACACACAGGAGUUGAGCCGUCUGAAUGCCGAUGCCAAGUCUCAUCUGGACAAGUUUGAAUUUAAGGGCGUUCUGCCCUCGCCCACUGUGCAAGGCUAUAGGAACAAGAAUGAGUUUACAGUGGGCAAAAAUGCCGCAGGAGAGAUUGUAGUAGGCUUCCGUCUGGGAAGCUACAGUGAUGGCUCCGUGGAGGUGGCCGAGGUGCAAGAACUGCCACAUUUGCCAGCUCAAGCCAAGUGGGCGGCGCGAAGCUUCCAGCAGCUGGUCAGACAAUCCAAAUUUCAGCCAUUCAAUCCCGAUGGCAAUGUGGGCCACUUCCGGCAGUUGAUGGUGCGGUGCUCCAGUGCCACAGGUGAACUCAUGCUGGUGGCUGGCAUAUACUCGUCGAAUCUGAACGAAGCUGAGCUGCUAGAACUGCAGCAGGAGUUAAAAGCCUUUUAUGAGCAGCCGGAGCAGAACGAAACCCACAAAUGCACUUCGCUCUACUAUCAGGAUGUCAAGCAUCGCGAGGCGGGGCAAAUGGUGAAUCCUGUCACCCAUCUGUCGGGCAGCACGCACAUCACGGACACCAUUCAAGGGCUGCAGUUCCGCAUCAGUCCGUUGGCCUUCUUUCAAAUCAAUACCGCUGGCGCCGAUGUCCUUUAUCAGCAGGCUAUCGACUUGGCUGCGCCCAGCCAGGAGACAAUCAUGCUGGAUAUUUGCUGCGGAACUGGCACCAUUGCCCUGGCCUUUGCCAAGCACUGCAAACAGGUGCUGGGCGUCGAGAUUGUGCCGGAUGCCAUCAAGGAUGCAGAGCAUAAUGCGGAAACGAAUGGCAUCAAGAAUUGCAAGUUCUUUACGGGCAACGCCGACGACUAUAUAAAGAGCAUGGUGCGUGAGGCCGUGUAUGGCCAGGAGCCGGGCAAACCCAUUGAUUUAAUAGCUGUUGUGGAUCCCCCUCGCGCUGGACUGCACACACGCUCCAUAGCCGCAAUUCGCUCAGCGAGCGACAUCAAGCGAUUGGUCUAUGUGUCAUGCAACCCCAACAGUGCCAAGCGCAAUUUUAUUGAGUUAGCUCGGCCCGAGUCCAAGCAGUACAAAGGGGAGCCGUUCUAUCCGAAGACAGCUGUUGCUGUCGACAUGUUUCCACACACAACACACACGGAGCUGGUCAUCUUGUUUGAGCGUGACUCUAAGGCAACACCAGCUGAGUCUGUGGAGCCGGAGAGCACAAAAGAGUGCAACGAGACGCUGGCAGCAACAGCGUGAUGGCAACGACCUCUCUCGCUUGACUGUCUGCUCUGUGCGCCUCUCUGUCGCUUAUCUCGAUGUUGACAUCCAUCAUCGGCUCUUUGUGCGGCCUGGGGUAGCAAAUUUUAUUGUUUUAAAUUGAAUUAAUUGUAUUUACGUUGUUCCGGCGUCUGCUGCGAAAAUGCGACUUCCUGUUAAAUAGUUUAAGAACUGUGCUCAGUAAUAUUCCCAACUCUCGCCAGUGUGAUACGAUCCCUUGAUAAGAACUGUUUG